AUGGACUCUUCCCAGACAACCCAACAGCAAAAAGACACCAACCAGCCGACCGGUGGUAACCCGCUGCAGAAGGCAACCGAUAGUGUGAAGAAUGCAUUCCAGGCACACACUGCACACCCUGGUCCAGCCAUUCCCAAGGAAUUCAAUGUCAAGGAGGAGGGAACCAAGGAGGAACGCCGGGCUAAGGCAGAAGAGUUGAACAAGUAA